AUGGUUUCUUCAAACACUUUGUCUCUUUCUCUAUUCUUAUUCCUUUCUUUCUCUUCCUUCUUCUCUCCCUCACAAUCUCACACCAAGGUUUCUCUAGAAUUAUACUAUGAAAGCUUGUGCCCUUACUGCGCCAAUUUCAUCGUUAAUUAUCUUCCUCAAAUCUUCGAACAGGAGGACCUUUUAUCCAUCGUUGACCUUAAACUUGUUCCUUGGGGUAAUGCUAAACUCAGAGAUAACUCUACUAUUGUUUGCCAGCAUGGUGAAUAUGAGUGCUUGCUAGAUACGAUUGAAGGGUGUGCUAUUGAUACCUGGCCUCAACCGAAGAAGCAUUUUCCUUUCAUCUAUUGUGUUGAGAAUCUGGCGCAUCAGGGUCGGCGCGAAGAGUGGGAAUCUUGUUAUGAGAAACUGGGUCUGGAUUCAUCAACCGUCAAUGAUUGUUAUCGUAGUGAGCAUGGAAAAGAGUUGCAUCUAAAGCAUAAGGAUGAAACAAAUGCUCUACAGCCUCCUCACACUUACGUUCCAUGGGUAGUCGUGGAUGGAGAACCACUUUACGAUGAUUAUAGAGACUUCAUAAGUUAUAUCUGUAAGGCUUAUAAAGGCAAUGAUGCACCAAAAAGCUGCACCCAAACAUCAAAUAUUAGGACUGCUGGAAAAGUGGAAACAAAGGCAAAGCAUCUAUACUGUGUUAUGGAAAAAGUGAUGCCAACAUGGAAUAAAAUAAGGUCAACCAUUGCCUCAUGGAUGAACCAGAUGAACCUUGUGUAA